UGCAUUGUUGCCGCUCAGUGAGUGUCUGCGGGAGACAGGGGUCGCCUCCGGGCGGGGCGGAGACUGGCAGGUCUUCAACAGAACAUGUGAAGUUAUCUCGAAAGUUGCUCAAUUUACUACUAUCGAAUUAUUCAAAAUGGGCAAGCUGGUUGUCAUAUCACUUUUUGUUGCUGCUUUAUCAGCAUUUCUUGGAGAGAGAAUUAUUAACUUAAGGAAAAGGACUCUUGCUUCCAGAAAGCUUGUCCAAACCCACCUCCCAAACUGCCAUCCAAUCAAAAGCCUUGAGUACGGAUCAGAGGACCUCACAAUACUUCCCAAUGGACUUGCUAUUAUUAGCACUGGCUUGAAGGAUCCUGUAUUGCCAUCCUAUUCAGAUGACCCUGGAAAGAUGUACACCCUUGAUAUGAGUGAAGAUUCUAGGAUGAAACCAGUGGAGCUCCGCAUGGGGAGAGGCUUUGACCUGGACUCCUUCAAUCCACAUGGAAUCAGUGUAUACACAGAUGAGACGGAUAACUCAGUAUACCUGUUUGUGGUCAAUCACCCUCAACAGAAAACACAAGUGGAGAUCUUUCUGUUUGUUGAGGAGGACCACUCCCUUGUCUAUGUGAAAACCAUAAAGCAUGAAUUCCUUCACAGUGUGAAUGACAUUGUGGCUGUGGGAGUGGAGAGCUUCUAUGCCACCAACGAUCACUAUUUCAGUGGAGGCACUCUGAAUACUCUGGAGGUACUUCUGGCUCAGCCCUGGUCUAACGUUGUGUAUUACAGCCCUGAAGAGGUCAAAGUAGUGGCUGAGGGAUUCUACAUGGCCAAUGGCAUCAACAUCUCACCUGACAAAAGGCACAUAUAUGUGGCUGACUUAUUUGACCACAACAUACAUGUUUUGGAGCGACUGGAAAGCAAUGGUUUGGCCCCAGUGAAGGUCGUGGAAGUGGGCUCUCUUGUUGACAACAUUUAUGUUGACCCUGAGACUGGCGACUUGUGGAUAGGUUGUCACCCUAAUGGCUGGAAACUAUUUCGAAAUGAUCCUGAGGAUCUUCCUGGAUCUGAGGUGAUUCAGAUUAAAGACAUCCACUCUGAGAAGCCAGUGGUGACCCAGGUGUAUGCUGAUGAUGGCAGUGUGCUCAUAGGAUCCUCUGUAGCAGCUCCCUAUGGAGGAAAGCUUCUCAUUGGAACAAUCUACCAGAAAGCCUUGGUCUGUGAUCUAGCCAAGGUAGACCAGUAGCCAAUGCUUUAUGUAGAAAACAGGCUUCCGACGUGGGUUGUGGUUGGAAGAGUGCAAGUGUGCAACAUACUGAAUGUUGCAGAUGGAAAUGCAAUGAAUAUAGUUAACAAGAUUCCUUACUCUAUAUGACAGGGAGGGAUGUCUGUUCUGCAUAAUAUAUAUCUAGCUGAAAGUUCCUCAAUGUGCCGUACUGAAUUCUGCCGUGGCCUGUGGGGUUCAACUUGCCAAGUAAAAAAAAUAUUUUAAAGUUAAUUCAUUGCACGCUCUGUCUAAUCACAGGAAGUUAGAUUUGCAAUAAAGUUGACAAAAUUAUAUGUCAAAGAUAAUGCUGGUGCACUGAACAAGACCUGUAACGAUACAUAGUAAUGUUGCAAGUGCCACAUUGUAUAAAAGUUGAUAAAUGACAGGAGAAAUGACUUGAUAAGAAUAAUCUGAUUGUUAAGGACCCUUUAAAAAAAUGUUUGGGCCUAAAAUGACAUUCCCAAAUAUAACUGCCUGUAGCUCAGGACCUGAAGCAAGGAUAUGCAUAUUAUUGAUACCAUUUGAAAGGAAACACUUUGAAGUGUUUGUGAUGUGAAAUUGAUGUAGGAGAAUAUAACACAUUAGAUCUGGUAAAAGAUAAUGCAAAGGGGGGAGAACCCCCCAUCUUUGAAAUGCAAUAGAAAGGCUAAUAUCUCACUUAGGAGUCUAGGUGCAAUUCUGAUUUUGGCCACUAGAUGGCAGCCGUGUAUGUACAAAGUUUUAGACUGAUCCAAUGAACCGUUGUAUUACUGUUCAAAAUGUUGUUUCAAGUCUGCCCAAAUGUGCCGAAUUGGUCAAAUGACACAAGUACAUAACUAUAGAGAACAUACAAAAUGAUAUGGUAAUAAAAAUGUAAUUUUACACACUUCUAGGAAUGUCAUAAAUUAUGGAUGAUUAGCUUCCUACAGAAAAGACACCAACCUUCACACAUCGAGAUGUGAUGUUUUUAAUAUAAAAAUGGAUUUCAUCAAACAAAACUAAGCUACAUUUUAUCUCUGGAUGACAAAUCAGAGCAAGAUUCUGAAUGUAAGUACAUUAUUUACCUUCAGAGGUGAAUAUAUCAAACCAGUUGCUGUGAUAAAAAUGUUUUUGUUGUUGUGCACUCUCCUCAAACAAUAGCAUGGUAUUUUUUCACUGUAAUCGCUACUGUAAAUUGGACAGUGCAGUUAGAUUAACAAGAAUUUAAGCUUUCAGCUUUCUGCCCAUACAAGACAUGUCUAUGUCCUGGGAAAUGUUCUUGUUACUAAUGAAGAGGGUUAAACCAAGGCCUUAUACCUUUUAAAGGGUUAAUAAAUUAUGUUAUGAUAAACUGUAAGGUCUCCUCUUCAGGAUACCUCUGUGUGUGUGUUAACCUGAUUUUGAGUGAUGUGACCUUCAGACAUCAGAAGGCAUCUACAUUCAGACUCCUCCUGUCUGGAUCCCACCGUGGUUAUCUGGUUUUCUGAGAACACAAGGCUGUCACAGACCUGAUAAAACCAGCCACCUAUCAGAAGAUGCUUACACUCGUUCAUACUUGUGAUGACAGGUCAAGUUUCGGUUAAACCCACUUCUGAGCUUUUAAUUGCUGAUAAGAUGGUUACUGCUGUCAGAGGGAGGUUAGAUUUAUUAAAAUGUUGUUGCCAGGGAAACUCAUGCAAGGAGGACUGGGAGAGGCUCUAUGAGUUGCAGGAUGUCUUACACAUUUUGCAGAACUUGGGGACAACUAUCAUGUACUGCUAUACUGUACUCUGUACCAACUUCUGCCUACAAUUGUAUUACUAAAAUGAGUAUUUUAAUACUUAAACUAAGAGUCUGUGUUUCCUUUCCAUUACUAAUGUAUGUUUGAUAAUUAUAUAGACCUGAUCAUCUGUUGAAGAGAUUGACCAACACUUACAGCGUCAUGCUAAUCACAUUAGCGCUCUUUAUUUCAACUGUCCCGUGGGGGGGACCGAUCCCAUAGAGGCAGUGGUGGAAAAAGUACCCAAUUGUCAUACUUGAGUAAAAGUAUAGAUACCUUAAUAGAAAGUUACUCAAGUAAAAGGAAAAGUCUCCCAGUAAAAUACUACUUGAGUAAAAGUAUAAAAGUAUUUGGUUAUAAAUAUACUUAAGUAUCCAAAGUAAAUGUAAUUGCAAAAAUGUACUUAAGUAAUCAAAAGAAAAAGUAGAAGUGUAAAUCAUUUCAAAUUCCUUCUUUUAAGCAAAGCAGAUGGCACCAUUUUCUUGUUUUUAAAAUGUAUGGAUAGCCAGGGCACCACUCCAACACUCAGACAUAAUUUACGAAAGAUGCAUUUGUGUUUAGUGAGUCCAUCGAAUCAGAGGCAGACGGGAUGACCAUGUGUUGUCUUGAUAAGUGCGUGAAUUGGUCAUUUUCCUGUCUUGCUAAGCAUUCAAAAUGUAACUUUUGGGUGUUAGGUAAACUCUAUGGAGUAAAAAGUACAUUAUUUUCUUUAGGAAUGUAGUGUUAAAAGUUUUAAAAAUCUAUAUAAAUAGUAAAGUACAGAUACCCAAAAUAAACUACUUAAGUAGUACUUUAAAGUAUGUUUACUUAAGUACUUUACACCCCUGCGUAGAGGUUAAAGUCAUGUUUAUCUCACUGAUUUGACAUGGAAAACAAGUAUUUGAUAUGUUUUCUACCCUCUUUGUAAAGUGAACUAGAUUCAGUUGUGAUGUAACUGAAUAUUGUUUUCUUCACAAGUGUGUUAACUUCUUUACAUUAAAUGUGGGCCGCUAAUUUGGCGUGCAAGUCUCAA